CCCAUUUACCGGCGAGAUUCCUGGACAUAUUUCAAUGCCACCGCUUUUUAAGGUCGAUCAGGUUUUAAGAGGACAUAAAUCAAUAUACACCAUUGUGAAGGAGGUUCACAGAGCUGUGGACGAAGCUGCGGUAUAUCUGGCCAGGGAUCAAAACAAAAAUAAUUGUAUUGUCAAGAGCGUUCGCGGCCACUGGCGCCUACAGAAUGAAGCCAAUAUUCUAAAGCGUUACCAGUCAAAGACACCGUUCCUUCACCCUAUCAUCUAUGAGAUCCUAAGCCUAGUUGAUUCACCGUCUAUCGUUUUGAGACAUCUAGACAGUGAACUUCUUACAGAAUCGAAGAAGAACCGGCUAACGCCUUCUGAGAUUAAGCAAGUAGCUAGGUGUAUUCUUGAAGCCCUACUCGUCCUCCAUAAGGAUGAUAUGGUCCAUACAGAUGUCAAAUUAGAUAGUGUCUUUGUGAACUAUGGCCAAAACGAGCAGCGGUUCUCGGAAAUUCAGCUUGGGGACUGUAGAGGUGCUUUCUCUAAAGACUCGAAGUUCGCCAAGGAGAGCCAUCUUAUCGGAGGUGCCUUCGCGCGUAGCCCGGAAGCCACGUUAGGGCUUUCUUGGGGCACACCAACAGACGUCUGGUCAUUCGGAAAUGCAAUUCUUAGCCCUGUACAUGGGGGUGAUUUUCACCACUUCGAUCCUGGCUGGGAGGGAGUCAAACCAGAAGACCAGGAAUAUGAGUUGAUAGUUCUACAGCGAAUGUACCACUCGUUCGGCCCAUUCCGACAAUCGAUUGCCGACAUCCUCAACCCGGACACUCUUGAGAUUGUCCUCUUUCUUAAUCAGCAAGGACAUCCACGGAAGCCGCUUCAACUGUGGUCGACGAAGGAAACCCCUUCUGCUGAUAACAAGUUUAUAAGGCGGAUCUUAAGACUAGACCCUCGGGAUACGCCGACAGUAGAGGAGACCCUCAAGGAUGAAUGGUUCAUAGAAGAAUCAUAUGAUACCCGGGAACCUAUACCCAAGGGAAUAAACAGGCCAGAGGAUGAAGCUGACAGCUGGUGCUAGGCUUAUGGCAUAGCUUGUCAGUAUGAAUGUAUGUGAAUGGAGGGGGGAGGGGCAGAGUCUGAGAAACCACUAAACAGGAUAUGGUGACGAUUCAACUAGUUUAAGGUGCAUGCCAUGCUUCCUAG